AUGAACGUUCAACAAGAGCUGGAAGAGCUGAUGCUCGCCUACGAGGGAGUUUGUGCCAUAAUCAUCACUGAUCACGACGGAGCACUUAUUUUGAACGUCGGUAAGCCUUUUUUUGAGCACUUUUUCAUAUAAGUUAAUAAAAUACAUUCUCCAGGUCUUCCGUCCACACUGGACAACUCUCGAUUCAGACAGCAGCUGAUCGUCAGCCACCUGACGACUAUUCCGCAAAUCCACAAGCUUCAUCUGGGUAAAAAUAGAAAUAUAUAUGGUCAGAAACCAGCUAAAACAAUUACAGGCGGACACAAAACGACAUUUGCGCUGUACGAGACGCAUCAAAUUGCUGUGCACUCGCUCGGCAAGUACUUUUUCAUUGUGCACGCCGGAGCGAACGCGAACACUGGAGCGAUGCUGGCGAUGCGCGAGAAACUGGUGCCCAUCGCCGAUCACCUGCUGAUCGUGUGCCCUCCAAUCGACGGAGAUGGAUUCGUGCCACUACCGUCGGUCGCUUCGGCGUCUGCGGCACCAACGGAGUUCUUCCACAAUUAG